AGAACCCAAUCGCACGUCUUAUAAAUCACAACGAAAUUUGCAGCGCCAACGGUUGCUUCCCACGGCUGCACACCGCCGACCUCCUCACUUUGCAGCCGGUCACCGUAGAAACAGCACCCACCACACCACACCACCGGAGCAGCAGUGUAACGCCGUUCAGCCCGUCACCAGCAUCCCCAGAGCAGCACUGCACCGCCCAGCCACCGGAGUAGCGCCGCUCAACCACUGCACGAGACGACGGCGAUUCACACACGGUCAGAGCAAAUGAUUCACCCAAAUACCGUGAGAGCGACGCCCUGCACAGUGUAAAUUUGGAGACUAAUUGGAAGUUUCAAAGCUAAAGAAGAGCAAAAUGGAGGUCUGCGGAAAACGUUCAUGGAGUUUGGAAGGUUGUGAUAGCAAUGCACUAAUCUUGCCGGAUAAGAAAAGGAACAAAAGGAAAGGCAUGGAUAAGGAUAAAUUAGAUAAGAAACAGAAGCUAAGCAAAUCUCAGAAAAGAAAGCUGAAGAAGUUGGAGGAGGAGAAGGAGAAAGCACUUUUGCUGGCGAAAAGCAUUGAGACCUUGGAGAAAUACAAGCUUCCAGAGGAUGCAUUUCCUCUUCUGCAGUCUUCGCGAGAUAUUGGCCGUGCUGAAACCAAGAAGGAAAAACGUAGCAGGGCUGUGCUAGUUUCUAAGGCUGGAUUGGAAGUUCCAGACAAUGACCAGCCUUUUGAGAGAAAGGGUAAUGAUAUGGCUGAUGGCAGAACUGAGGCUGAGAUGGAAAAUAUUCCUUCAAGUCCAGAUUUCGACGAGGAUGAUUUAUUGCAACCAAUUAUACGGGAAAGAGAAGCCCUGAAGAGUGCAUCUGAGAUAGACAAAAUUCCUUCAAGGCAAGAUUUCAAGAAGGAUGAUUCAUUGCAUCCAACGAUACCAGAGAGAGAUGCUGUGAAGAAUGCAUCUGUUUCUUUGGACUCCUUACAAGGGGCAGCAUGUGGCACUGAAAUAAAUGGAUCUGGUAAGGCAGAUGAGGGCCAAAAGGUCGAUUACAGCAGGACAAUCAACCUACAAGGUUUCCCUGCACAGAGACCUCUAACUGCCCCAACUGUAGUGCAUGUAUCUAGGCCAAUUGAGAUUCAGAAUACAAGGAAGGAUCUUCCGAUAGUCAUGAUGGAACAGGAGAUAAUGGAAGCUAUAAAUGACCAUACAACUGUUAUCAUAUGUGGAGAGACUGGGUGUGGUAAAACCACUCAAGUUCCUCAGUUUCUUUAUGAAGCUGGCUUUGGUUCAAGCCAGUCCGGUAUUAAAAGAGGUAUUAUUGGUGUUACUCAACCACGUCGUGUUGCUGUUCUUGCCACUGCCAAGCGAGUGGCACAUGAGCUUGGUUUCCAUCUCGGUAAAGAGGUUGGGUUUCAAGUUAGGUAUGACAAGCGGAUUGGAGAGAGUUGCUCUAUCAAGUUUAUGACUGAUGGAAUUUUACUACGAGAAGUUCAGAAUGAUUUUUUGUUGAAGCGUUAUUCUGUCAUAAUUCUCGAUGAGGCUCAUGAGAGAAGCUUGAACACGGACAUACUAAUUGGAAUGCUUUCACGUAUAAUUAGAAUUCGCCAGGAUGAACACGAGAAGCAGCAACAAAUGUUGCAGUCAGGACAAAGUGUAAGUACAGAAGAUAUGAUAUCUCCAUUAAAACUUGUACUGAUGAGUGCCACCUUGCGAGUGGAAGACUUUAUUUCUGGGAGAAGGAUAUUUCAUGAUCCUCCACCUGUUAUAGAAGUUCCCACUAGACAGUAUCCGGUAACUGUACACUUCUCAAAGAGAACAGAGAUUGUGGAUUAUGUCAGCCAAGCAUUUAAAAAGAUCCUGGCAAUUCACAAGAGGUUGCCACAUGGGGGCAUACUUGUCUUUGUCACUGGCCAGAGGGAAGUACAACACUUAUGUCGGAAGCUACGUAAAGCUUCAAAGGAGUUGAUUAUGAGAACAUUGAAGGGGAAUGCUGGGAAUGAUGACACUGCAGUCUCAGAAACUAGUCCAGUUGAGGAUGGAAAUGUGGAGAUUAAUGAAGCAUUUGACUUUGAUGGGAAUUCAGUUGACCAGUAUACUGACAGGUUCAGCUCUUAUGAGGAAGACGAGGGCAAUAUGGAUGGGGAAGAUUCUGAUGUUUCGUACAAUUCAGAGACAGAGAGUGAACUGGAAUUUGAUGUUGAUGAUGGGGACCCAUUGCAUCAGACAUCCCAAGAGGAUGAUCGUAAUCUUGUAGAUGUUUUAGGGGAGGAUGGGAGCCUUGCUUCACUAAAGACUGCUUUUGAAGCUUUGGCUGGAAAAACUGCAUUACAUUCUAUAUCUGAUUACAAACAGACUCUUCCUGUUAGUCCUGAAGGAUGCUUAGACCAAUCCAAUGCUAGCACAGGGAAGAAAAAGGGAGGCGAAAAUGAUUUCUGUGCUGGCCCAUUGUGUGUUUUGCCUCUUUACGCCAAGCUGUCUGCUGCAGACCAGCUUCGUGUUUUUAAUGAAGUCAAGGAAGGGGAGCGACUUGUUGUCAUUGCCACUAAUGUGGCAGAAACCUCUAUAACUAUCCCUGGCAUAAAGUAUGUGGUUGAUACUGGGAGAGAAAAGGUGAAGACCUACAACUCCUCCAAUGGCAUGGAAACGUACGAAGUACAGUGGAUAAGUAAGGCAUCAGCUGCUCAACGUGCUGGUAGGGCUGGAAGAACUGGGCCUGGACACUGUUACCGUCUCUACUCUUCUGCAGUUUUUAGUAAUAUACUUCCUGACUUUUCUCUUGCUGAAAUAUCUAAAAUGCCUGUUGACGGCAUCGUCCUUCUCAUGAAAUCGAUGCGUAUUGAUAAGGUUCUAAACUUUCCAUUUCCAACUCCUCCCAAGACCACUGCAUUAGUUGAAGCAGAGCAUUGCUUGAAGGCUCUUGAAGCACUUGAUAGCAAUGGAAAAUUGACACCCUUAGGGAAAGCCAUGGCUCGUUUUCCCAUGAGUCCACGCCACUCCAGGAUGCUCCUUACUGUUAUCCAGACUAUGAGGAUGGUGAAAAGUUACACCCGCUCAAAUCUAGUCUUGGGAUAUGCGGUUGCAGCAGCUGCUGCUUUGAGUUUGUCAAAUCCUUUUGUCAUGCAGUUUGAAGGAAGUCACGUAAAUAAAGAUGACUUAGAGCAGGAUGAGAAAUCUGGUUCCCUGGAUAAUGAGCAAGUCAUUGACAAGCAAGAAAAAUUGAGGAGAAAGAAACUGAAAGAAACUGCAAAAGUGACCCGUGCAAAAUUUUAUAAUCCUAGCAGUGAUGCUCUAACUGUAGCAUAUGCUCUGCAAUGUUUUGAACUUUCUGGAAGCCGAGUGGAAUUCUGCAAUGACAAUGCAUUGCACUUGAAAACCAUGGAGGAAAUGUCCAAUCUGCGAAGGCAGCUUCUUCAACUGGUUUUUGAAAAAGGCCUCUGUGGCACCGAGCAGGAUUACACAUGGACUCAUGGAACUCUAGACAAUGUUGAAUAUGCUUGGAGGGUUUCCUCCAAUAAUCCCCCUCUUUUACUGAAUGAGGAAGAGAUCUUAGGCCAAGCUAUCUGUGCUGGAUGGGCAGAUAGGGUUGCCAAACGCAUUAGAGGAGUUUCAGGACUAUCAGAAGGAGACAGAAAAGCACACGCCGCUCGGUAUCAAGCUUGCAUGGUAAAAGAAACUGUGUUCCUCCAUCGUUGGUCAUCUGUUUCUAGCUCAGCCCCUGAGUUCUUGGUUUACAGUGAAUUACUACAGACAAAACGACCAUACAUGCAUGGUGUGACCAGCGUGAAAUCAGAGUGGCUUGUUAAAUAUGCUAAGUCUUUGUGCACCUUCUCCUCAGCCCUUGCAGAUCCCAAACCUUUUUAUGAGCCUCAAAGUGACCAAGUAUUCUGCUACGCCAUUCCUACUUUUGGACCUCAUUUAUGGGAACUUCCCUUGCAUAGUUUGCCAAUCACAAAUGAUGCGCAACGAGUAGCCGUGUUUGCUUAUGCAUUGCUCGAAGGCAAAGUGUUACCAUGCUUAAGAUCUGUUCGUAAUCUUAUGGCAGCCCCUCCUAGUUGCAUUUUGAGGCCAGAGGCAUCAGGUCAAAAAAGGGUCGGAAAUCUUUUGAACAAGUUAAAGACCAAAUUUAUUGAUAGCUGCACAAUGUUAAGGGAGGUCUGGAUGGAGAACCCUGAGGAACUGCAUUCAGAAAUGCUGGGCUGGUUUCAGGAGAGUUUCCACAGGCACUUUGAAGUGCUUUGGUCACAAAUGCACAAAGAAAUUCUUUUAGAACCUCAAGAACGUUUUCCCAAAAGGGAAAGAGCUAAAAAAAAGCAGUCUUUUUGUGUAAAAGCUGGACUGGAGAUAUUAUGAUUAUUUAUUGUCGCUAUAAGUAUUUAGGCUUUGUUAUUUUAGGUAAAUUACACAACUUUUUUUUAA